ACGAGCUCUUUCAAAGCGAUAAUCAGGAAAACCCUCCACCUAUAUAACAAGGCGUUAGUUAGGCUGUGUAUUAAUCACAAACGUGCACCAGAAUGUAACAUACGCUUGCGUAGAACUAAAAACGUUUUUAGUUUUUAUGUGAAAUUUAAGUGAAAUAAAACGAAAAUGAUUUUGUUGAAGGUCAUAUUAACUCUAUUGUUAACAAAAGGAUUCUUAUGUAGUUCGGCAUUCCAAUGGCCAAGGAAGUGCAAGGAUAGCAUGAUUUGUAGCGUAAAACCGAAUUGGAUGACAGAAGAUUUGAAAACGAACAUAGAACAAGCCGCCAUCGCACUGAAAUUGAAGAACUCGAAUUCCCGUCCGAUAAUCGUGAAUUUCACUUCGUUUUCGGCAUCUACGCCGAAAAUAAUGCACAAUCCACCGGACUCGAAUUGCGCCUACGAAUCUUGGACCGAACAACCGUUCAUAGUGAAAAAUGAUAAUCACAUAAAAGCUGUUGUUCAAACUGAAUUCUUCAAACAACACAUAAACAUGGUACAAUGCGCAACAUCACGCACGAGCCUCUCAAGCGAUCCGCUGCAGUGCUUCAGCAACGUGCUAGCUGCAGACGGAUCCAGAUGCGUGACCAAAAACACGGACAUCACCCUCUUGACCUACAAUGUGAAGACGGGGAAGGUUGACUGGACUCCAGUCAGGAUCCCCGUUUGCUGUACCUGUGUAAUUGAAUCUUCGUGAUCCUUUUAAAGCAGUGGUGGGCAAAACUUUUUAAUGGCAGGCCACAAAGUUUAAGAAAUUCUAGAGGAGGGCCAGAAUUAUAGAAAAAAUGCAUUUUGUGUUAAAGCUUUUUAAUAGACAAAAUACCUUUUACUUUUACGCCUUGAAGGCGUGUGCAUGAGGCGUGUGAUAGAUAGGUGAAAAUUUUUUUUUUCUCCAAUAAACAAACUAAUACCUGUGACAGAUUUCCGAGAUAAUUAUAAUGAUUGCAAGUUAAUUAUGUCAUAAUGAAAGCUCAAAACCCCCCUCUGAUGAAUUGGAGCUUUCAUUAAAAAUUUGAAGAUUUUCAAUUAUAAACGUCAGAUUUUAUUUUACGCGCCAAAAUGCUGACUGGAAUAUUUAGGAUGGAUGGACUCUCGGCGGGCCGGAUUAAAUACUUUGGCGGACCGAAGUUGACCCGCGGGCCGUACUUUGCCCAUCACUGCUUUAAAGCUUCGCACCUGAGCCUGUCCCAUAAAUUAAAUAUAUGCACGUGCAAA